AGCUGAUGGUUUGUGAGCCACCAACUCGAAGCGCCGGUCGCAACAUAUCCGCAACUCUUCGCCGUGCAGGUCACGUCCUCCCUAUCAUUUCACCACAGUACAACACCUAUCUUGUUUUAACCAAUGCAAUUCUUGAAAUUGCUCUUCGCAACACUUGCUCUUCGCAACACUUGCUCUUGCCACAGUCGCUUGUGGGCUGCCAUUGAAGUACCGCCUGUCAAGCGCCAUCGCCGAGCGCUCGCCGUACAUCGAAGCACGAUCCGAUAUCUUGGCAUCUUCAGACUCACAUGUUGUCGACCGCGCUUUCGACGAAGAUACAUCGCUCGUGAAGCGAGAUCCGUCCAAGUGCGUCCAUUGCAACGAACCUGGGCAUCCCCUGGUUGGUCUUCAUUUCUGCAAGAACGGCCACCCGUCACACACCAAGUGCAUCAUGGAACGUCUCCACGAAUAUACUCCCCCUUCCUCAGGAUCUACCUACCCACCUGGAGCGAUGUGUAAAAAAUGCGCGGAGGCCGAGACCGGGCAGCAUUCUUAUCCAGGCGUGAAUCGAGAUCCGAAAUUGUGCGGCAUAUGCCAGCAACCUUAUCCUCCUGAUUAUACGUGCCACCUGGGUCACGUGUUACACAAUGAGUGCGCAUGGGGAGAGUUACUAAGGGGUGGUACUCCCUGCCCAGGAUGCGCGGAGGCUGACCUAGCCAUACCCCAACACCAACACAUUAAACGGGGCCUUGCAUUCAAAUGCGCGCGUGGAUCCCAAUGUGCAUUCCCAACCCUUGCAUCUACCUGCGGAUAUCCACACGCCAGUGACGCAGCAGCCGCAGCAGCAGCCGCAGACGCAUUCUCACCCAAAUCCGAUCCGGUGCGUCAACUGCCUGGACCCAAAUCGAAACCGCCCUCUUUAUUCCUGCAUCAAGGGUCACGUGUUACACUUCGACUGCCACCCCUGCCAAGCAUGCGAGCUGCCUGGGCUAGCCUAACACAAAUCAAAGGAGCCCCGUACGGCUCUCUUGGCCUCGCAUCCAAAUGCGCACGUCCAGCAACGUCCUGGCACGGGUAGGGCCGGCAUACGGGUUGUGC